UGGGCGGAUCGCGGCGUAGUUGAUGCGCCGUUUCCUCCUAGGCGCUCUUCUUGUUUCUAAGCCCUCGCCCUCGAGUGUCUCCUCGGCUAACACGCGUUUUCCUUUAAUAGGUCCAGCGGAGCCAGUCAGCCUGCAGAGAAGAGCCGGCGCAGCCUUGAUAAAGGCGCCUUUCGGGACACCCGCGGUACCAGUGUGCGAAACUCGUCCCUGCAGACGCGACUGAACCUACCAGACGGGCGUCAUGAAUGCUUCGGCGUUGAGCGCGCUUCUCCUGCUGCUCGUCCUGCGGGCGGCGGCGGACUGCGUCUUCCGUGGCCACUGCGCCAACGACGAAGACACGGACAAGGCUAUUCCGUGCGCGGUGCGGCAGAAACCCGCGCCCAUAACCGACGAUUCUGCGUGGAGGCUCUUCUCCGACGUUUGCCCACAGCUGGCCGCCGAGGUGAAGGUCGACCGCGCCGUGUGCUGCGAAAUGUCCCAGGUGCAAGAUCUCGCCCGCGAGCUCGAGCAGCCCGCGCGACUCGGCAUGACCAAGUGCCCCGCCUGCAUGCUCAACUUCAAGGACUUGAUGUGCCGUAUGACGUGUUCCCCGAAGCAGUCGCAGUUCCUGGCGGUCAACGCCACGGCCAAGGCUGGCUCCGGCCCCCACGUCGCUGAAAUGGUGUACGCUCUGCGGCCCGAUUACGCGCACGGCGUCUACAACUCGUGCAAGGAUGUGCGCAGUGUUGUGCUCGGUAUCAAACUCAUGACGCUCAUGUGCGGUGGCCGCGUUAUUGGCUGCUCGCCUCAAAAGUGGCUCGAUUUCCUUGGUUCUACAUCGGCCGAGGGCGGCUACUCGCCCUUCAAGAUUCACCAUGUCAUUACCGAGCAACCGGUGGCUCCCUUCGGCCAGCCUUUGACGCCCCUCGGGGCUCCGUUCCUGAUGCCUUGCUAAAAAUUGACUUUUCAUGUACACCACUCGAUUUUAUAAUGUAAAAAUAAACAACUUCAGAGCUUC